AUGUCAGAGAAAAUUCCACAGGAAUCUGAAAUGAUUGAGAAAGAUGAAACCAUGAUGGUGGUCGACAUCUACGAAAAAUUGGAUACUUACACCAAUGAAGCAACAAUCAAUGAUUCAAUAAAAAAUGAUGACGGUGGGCCAGUGGUGCAAAUGUCGAGAACCAAAUUUGUCCUAGUGUUCGUCGGUCUCACUUUUGGUCUUUUCCUAGCGGCUUUAGAUAUGACCAUCGUGGCCACAGCCUUGCCAGCAAUUAUUACUGAAUUCAACGCGUUGGACGAUAUUUCCUGGGUGGGAACGGCGUAUUUGCUAACUGGGACCGCUGUUCAACCGACUUACGGAAAAAUAUCCGACAUUUUCGGACGGAAAUCCACAUUUCUGGGGGCAAUUAUUAUAUUCGAGCUGGGAUCUUUAUUGUGUGGUUUAUCGACAAAUAUGACUAUGCUAAUUAUUUCCCGUGCAAUCGCCGGCGUAGGUGGUGGUGGAAUUUUCGGCCUCGUAUUCAUUAUAAUAUCAGAAAUCGUACCAAUUCAAGACCGUGGAAAAUAUCAAGGGAUAGUUGGUGGAUGUUUUGGCUUUGCGUCCGUUGUCGGUCCACUUCUCGGAGGUUUAUUCACGGAUCACGUCACUUGGAG